AUGACAAUUAACGGAGAAUUUCUAGGGUGGCACUCACAGGAUACUACUGGCAGUAUAAUAGAUGCGGUGAGUGAUACAUGUCGUGCAGUGUCGAGUUCUAGUAUAAUUGGUAUUGUUGGUCCAGAAUUAUCGCGAGAAUCUCUUACAAUAGCUCCAUUUGGUGCAAAAAUUGGUAUACCGGUUAUAUCAUAUUCUGCAACUGAUCCUGAUUUAUCUGAUAUACAUGCUUAUCCUACUUUUCAUCGUACGGUUCCUUCGGAUAAUACAGCUGCAUUAGCUCUUGUUAAUCUGUUUAUUCGAUUUAAUUGGACAUCAUGUUCAAUUAUUUAUCAAAAUGAUGCAUUUGGAUCUAGUGGAGCAAAAGCUAUAAAUGAAGCAUUUAAUAAUAGUGGAUUGACAGUGAUAGAAAUGAUUAUCUUUGAUAUAGAUCACAAUGAUAUUCGUGGCAAUUUGAAAGAUUAUUUAGCUAGUGGUGCAACACGAAUUGUUAUUGUAUGGGCUGAAUCAAUUUAUACAUCUUUUAUAUUGCAAAAAGCUCUUGACUUGAAUUUAGUUGGACCAUAUUUUACUUGGAUAUUAAGUUCGACUAUUUCAUUUGAUUCUUUCAAUAGAACAUUUUAUCAAAAUUUAACUGGAAUGCUUCUAAUUGAACCAGUUGUAGGAUCAGUUGUCAAUGUAUCAAUUAAUCAAACAUUAUUAGAUGCAGCGUUCACUAUUUGGCAACAGUAUGAAAAUGAUACAUAUCCUGGAUCAUCAAAUGUUAAUUAUUAUGCAUUAUUUGCAUUUGAUGCAACAUGGACAUUUAUUCAAUCAUUACAAAAAUUAUGUUCAUCAACAAUAACUAAUUCUUCUUCAUGUUUAUCAUUUGUUAAAUCGUCAUUCUGUUUUGAUAAUCGUUUCAUUCAAUCGAAUUUAUUGUUAGAUGCACUUAGUACAACAUAA